CAGCUCUUCUUGUUCACGACUCCAGGCGUGCCUGUUCACAUUCAAGUCCAGUUCUGCCAAGCCCGAGCUGGCCCAAGCUUCAUGUGUACGGCGGCCGCGACGCUGGGAGCUGCCUUCGCGUGAGGCUUCAACAUCACCGUAUAACCACACCAAUACCGUCCUCGCCACUACGUCAACUCGCUCGUAGGACAAGACUCGUGUCACCUGCCUGCUCAUACGCCCUCCCACCAGACUCUCCAAGCCCGACGAAAGUCGCCCUCCAACACACUUACCGUCACCACUUCAAGUUCAUCACAAUGGAGGUCCUACUAGGAAUCACCGGCAAGGAUUUCACCCUCAUCGCCGCCUCCAAAGCCGCCAUGCGUGGCGCCACCAUCCUCAAGGCAUCCGACGACAAGACGCGAGUACUCAACACACAUACCUUGAUGGCUUUCUCUGGAGAGGCUGGUGACACUGUCCAAUUCGCCGAGUACAUCCAGGCAAACGUACAAUUAUACUCCAUGCGCAACAACAUGGAGCUUUCCCCUGCCGCAACAGCCAACUUCGUCCGAGGAGAACUGGCGUCAGCGCUACGGUCAAGAAAACCCUACACGGUCAACCUGCUGUUGGGCGGAUACGAUACCAUUGCCGACAAGCCGACACUGUACUGGAUCGACUACUUGGCGAGUCAAGCACCACUGCCAUAUGCUGCACACGGAUACGCACAAUACUACUGUCUCUCCCUGCUCGACAAGCACCACCAUCCCGAUAUCGACUACGAACAAGGCAUGAAGAUCAUGCGCAUGUGCACCGAGGAGCUCAAGCGACGUCUUCCGAUCGAUUUCAAGGGCGUGCUGGUCAAGGUCAUAACGAAGGAUGGCAUCAAAGAUGUGGAGUACGAGGACGAUGUAAAGGUUGCGAUUCCAUAGAGGGCUAUGGAUUGACGAAAGCUAGAGCAUUCCGCCGGAUGAUUUAUGCAAAAGACAUGGGUGCCAUUACGAUUAUGACACUUGAGCAUGAUAGAUAACGAGAAAAAAUAGUCAAAUGACAUUAAUGACUAGACCGUGUUUCUCAAGGAACUACAGUGGCCGGCGUGCAGAUACUUGUUACUUCCUUUUGAACAUGGCUCAAUUCUCUUCGCAAGUUCGCAUUGUCAAGGUCUGAAUAGAGGCCUAUAACUAACACCGCCCUAUUCAGAUCCGAAUGCAAUCGAUAGCGAGACUGCCGUGAGAUACUCUCA